AUGCACCGCGCUGCCUCCAACCAGCGCUCGGUCUCCUCCUCCUCGGGCUCCUUCCAGCCGCCGCCGCCGCCGCCGCCGCCGCUGCCGCACGCCGCCGACCGGCAGCCCCUCUUCCCGGGGGGCUCCAGCAGCGGCGGCAGCCGGCGGGGCUCGGGGUCGAGCUCGGGAUCGCCGUCACCGACCUGUACUGGUGCAGCUGGAUCGCCACCGACCUGGUGCUGGCGGCCGGCUGGGGCAUCUUCUUCUGCCGCAACAGCCGGGCGCGCCGCCGGGAGCGGCCCCCGCCGCCCCCCGGGCCGCCGCCGCCGCACCCGCUGCUGCUGCACGGCCCCCCCCGGCGGCCGCGGGGCCGGCGGCCGCGGGCCCGGGGCCCCCCCCCGCGGCGGCGACUUCGCCUACGCGCACCUCGCCUGGCUCAUCUACUCCAUCGCCUUCACGCCCAAGGCGGCGCUGAUCCUGGGCACCUCCAUCCUGGAGCUGAUCGAGCUGCGCCUGCCGCUGGGCACCACCGGCUUCCGCGUCACCCUGGCGCUCUCCGCCCCGCUGCUCUACUGCCUGCUGCGGGCCAUCGGCACCGAGGGCGCCGGGCAGCUGCUCCUGCCGCCGCAGCCGCCGCCGCAGCACCGCGCCGCCGCCGCCUUCCUCGCCACCUGCCUCGACCUGCUCGACAGCUUCUCCCUGCUGGAGCUGGUGCUGCAGCCCGGGCGGCCGGCGCCGCUGCCCGCCCCGCUGCGCUACCUCCUCAUCGCCGUCUACUUCCUCUGCCUGGCCUCGCCGGUGCUGUGGCUCUACGAGCUCAGCGCCGCCCGCCCCCCCGGCGCCGCCCGCCUCGCCCUCCACCUCCUGCUGCCCGCCGGGCUGCUGGACGCCCCGCUCCUGGCGCUCCGCUGCCUCCUGCUCCUGCGCUACCAGCAGCCGCUCUCCCUCUUCAUGCUCAAGAACCUCUUCUUCCUGGCCUGCCGCGGCCUGGAGGCGCUGGAGACCUGCUGCCUCCUCCGCCCCGCCGCCGCCCCGCCGCCCGCCAAGUACGGCCCCGCCGCCGCCGCCCCCGCCGCCGCCGCCCCGCUGGCCCACGGGCUCUCCGACGCCGACGUGGGCCCCCACGGGUUCCCGCCGCCGUGGCCGAGCAGGGGAAGGGGACGCGGGCUCCCCCGUCGGACUCUCGCUCUCCUCCUCCCUUUCCCGCGGACAAAUCCGGCGGCGGAAGCUCAGCGCAAACCCGAUUACCUGCAGGAGCCCACGGGCGACGCUCGGCCCCGGAAAACGCGCCUGCCCUUCGCGCCGAGGCUUCUUCUAGCGCUCCUGCCUCGCCGCGCUCUUUGGAGGGUCCCGCUCUUCCCCUCCCGCUCCCUGCCAGGACAUCGUGUUGCUUUGUGACCAUAAAGGUUUAGUUUUUCCUUUUCCUCCUGAACAACAGGGACCCGUGGAUUUUGUCCCCUCCUUGAAGAACUCCUGCUGACCACGACGACAAGAUGUGAGAGGGGCCUGACCAGCAGAGACGUGCCUUCAGGGUGCAGGCAGGACAAAAGGAAGCACGCUUUGGUUUCGCUAGGUCUUGCAAAGCUGCCGCCGCUGUUUCCCAGCAGCAGAGCUGCAGAGGGCCUUCGUGUACCAGCUGGGGAACCUCUGGGAGCACGCCGGCCAUCUGGUCGUUUCAAGCCCAGGAGCCACUUUCUCCAAGCUGAAAACGUCUACCUCUGUGCUUCAACCUUUUGCAUCUUACGUUGACUUCACACGCUAAAGAAACACGUGAAUCUGGCACGGACAUAAUCCAGGGGCUUAGACCCCAUUUCACUACCACCGAGACAUUUAUUUCUGGUGAGAACAGGGUUUACAGCAGCCUACUGCUUGCUUCAGACAGCAGCACCCAGGUGCUGGGGCUCUCAUUUCUCUGUGAAUAUGCAUGUUUAUGGGAUCUGUGUUGGUUUUCUUUUAUGCGGAGCGUAGGGUCUCCCUUUACCUAGGCCGGGAAGGCUGGAAAGUUUUCCGCUGGUCCCCUUCCGUGUCUGUUUGAGAGAGCGGAGAUGGGGCCGGGCCUGCAAACUGCCCCCUCUCAAACAGCAGGGCAGAGGAUGUCAGCGCUGCUCGGGGGUGGGCCCUGCGCUCGGUGAACCUCGCUUUUCAGCACAGAAAGCAAAGUGCUGCAGGAGCCCUCGAGGCAGAGGGGUUCCCGAGCUUUGGUGAAAGCCCACAUACCAGCAUCCUGUCCUCCAUGUGCAUGUGGUUAAGGGGAGGUGGGGAAAAAGUUAAUUGUUAGUAACUCCUCAUAGAAACACAGUUAUCUUUGGUUUUAAGCUCCAUGAAUGUUAGGUGGGGGUUAAGGCCCGCUCUUCUGCCUGGCUACAGCUGCUCCUGAAACCAGCCAAAUGGAAGCUGGAGCGCAGAGGCCACGUUCAGAGGAAGGACUUUGCCCCUCCCAGGCUUAUAUUUUGUUAUCUGGGCAAGGCUGCCAGUUUCCUGUCUUGAGCCUUUUUUCAAGCUGUCCUGACAAGAAGGGGAAAUAAAGCACAACCAACUGCUACCCAGAGCCAACAGCAGGACUGCAGGCGCAGCCCAGACUUCUCCUGCACACACAUCCAUUCUCUCUUUCAGGGCUCAGGCUUCAGUGGGACUGAGCCUCUGUCCCACCUCCCUUUUCACAGAGUGGGAUCAACUGCCUGCUCCCGUGGACUGCUACAAUAAAAUGUUUACAGUCUGGUAACUUCCAGCUCCCACAGGCAGAAGUGGGGUGCCAUGGGGCUCUUCUCCCCCAGCACUUGGGUGGCUGAUGAGUUUUAAGGGGCUAGAAAAGCCCCUAGAAAAGAUGGGGCAAUAGCAGUGUUCUGUUCAGAGCUGCAGCUAGGAUGGGUGACUUGCUGCUCUCCCCCCACCAAAUGGAGAGUCAGCAAAGGCUAGGCUUAACUUUCCCACCAGUGCUUUAUUUUUAACCUGAGCCCUUAACUUGGGCAAUUGUAUGAAUUUUGGCCAGUGGCCUUUCUCUUUAGUAACUUCUUUUUGUCUGGACAAUCUUGGUGCUGUGAGUGACUGUGAUUGUAAAACUUGGUACUGUGAACUUUUCCUAUGUGGUGUGAGAUGUGUCGAGGGGAUGCUAAGUUCCUGCCCAAAGGAGGUGUAAUUACAGGUACAUUAUGCUCGUACAGAUAUUUGUUUCCUUGCACCUUCCUUUUUUAGCAUUAAACAGAUAGUAAAAGCUCAGAAAGAACUACAGUAUUAUUCAAGAGAGAAGGAGAUGAUACCUGUACCUAGGAGUACUCCAUGCUUCAGUCAGCUGCAGAAAAACAAACAACUUUGCCAAAAACAAGGUGAAGGAAAAAAAAGCUAUUCACCCCCAACUAUGUUUUGCUGCUCCUAUGGCCAGGUCCACAAUAGCACCAAAGUGCGUAGAACUUCCCUAAUACACUGAAGCGUAAGCAUAGUUGAGACACUAGAAGAAUCACAGCAGAAUUAUUAACAAGUCUUACUUCAGUACCCCUUCAUAGCACAUAACAAAGUUGCUGUUUCAACAGUGAGUGCCUUUUCUAAUUUAAGACAUUAGUGAGAAAAGGACCUAUUUGAAAUUUAUCUAGCCAUGGCAUAUUUAAACCAUGGACAGUGAAAUCACAGUUCAAAUUUGUCUGUGGAUGCAAAGGUUGCCUGGGACAGAUGACCCUGCAAAAUGAUGCUUCUGUUGCAUAGAAUUCCUUUGUAGAAAAAGUGGUUCUUUGUAGUGCCAUGGUUUCUAGGUUGUUAGUAAAUGUGGUGUUUGGAGAGUGUAAAUCUCUCAUAGUAGUUGGCUGUACAGAAGCCCCCUUGCAACUAAAAGGGCAGCUCUGCUGCCACUUCAAUUACUUACUACAGAGAAACAUUUAAAGCUCUUCAAUGUCUUGUUUAUAAGCCUGCUCCUCCUUUUGAAUUCCCUUUUCUUCUGUAAUCGAGCUCUCGCUUCCAUUUAAACACUUCUGCCACAUAAUAGAUCCGCUUGCAGAAGAGAGAGAUAGUGGUACCAUUAAAGUGCAAACAAUACCUCACCCGAUGCACCUUGCACACCUACUGUAUAUUCUGCCAACAUUAAAUUACUGGUCCAGGUCAAUAACACUUUGCUAAACGAAGUUGUGCCAUAAGACAUAGGUCCCUUGGGAUUCUGUUACAAGCCUUGUAACACAACUCAGCUAUUUAGUAUUUUAUUGCUCUCUCUUUGCUACCCUGACAAAAAGAGAUGACUACUCCCAGGAGGGUAAACUGAAGUGAGAGAUAAGGCCUGUGGCCAGUGGACACUUGGCAUCCCCCUGGCAUUAAUCAGAACUUGUAUUUUUUAAAAAGCAAGAUUGUUAAAAUAAAAUUAGAAACUUGUGACUGA